AUGAAGCGAGCAAAGGUGGAACGAGGUGAGGGAAACUCGCAGCCCAAUAGAAAUGCACACAGAGUGUGGUCUGUAAAUGGAAAUUUUGCCGAUGCCUUCGUACUCGAUGGCGGAAAGGAUGGACCUCCGAUCACAAAGUCUCAAUUGUCUCUCUUACACUCACAACUCGCCCCCAAUGCUGUGCAGGCUAUGAAAGCGAUGGACCCCCGGCUCCAGGAUGCCUACUUCCAAAUUGCUCCAAAAGCACCCGUAUCCGAAACCGAUGGUCGAAAGAUGGUCAUAUUCCAUAAAGUCCUUACAGGGAUGGACGGAGAAGACACAGGCAAUACACUAAAGGCGUUUGAAGAAGUCCAUACACCACACACUAAUAACCGCACGCACAACGUUCAUCGGGCUACGUUUUGGGGUGAAAUGACCAAACUGUUACCUUCUAGUUUUGGGAAAGAGCUAGACCUCGAUGCCAUCAUUGGUUGUGAUGGGGCCAAGUCCCGAGUGCGAAAGAUAUUUCUUGCCGGUGAACACAACGUUGGCCCUCAGUUUACCGGCAAGUAUGCUUAUCGAGGUCUAAAUGGCAUGGAAGAUGCUGUCACUGCUACCGCAGAGCAAGCUCGUAUUCCCUUCAUACUAUGUGAUUAUGGCGGUCACCUUGGAGCCUUUCCGAUUGACCAGGGAAAUACGUUCAAUCAUGUCGCUUUUCAUGGUCAAAAGGAGGUCAAUGGAAUCAUGGUAGGGAUUGGGUUGCCCCAAGCACGGUCGAAGAUGCUCUUGAAGACUGCAAGGACUGAAGUGAGCCCGUGA